UAACAGCAGCAUGACAUGCCAUGGAGCCGCACCAUCACCAUCUUCUCCACUGAUAUAAACCAAGCACCCUUCAUUCGGUUCCCUACUUCGAAAUUCCACUUCUCAAAUUUCCCCCAAAAACCGAAGAAGCAGGGUUUCAAUCUUCUUCACUGCAACGAAGCGGUUAAUCUCCAUUUCAGUAUGGGAGAUAGUGAGACAGUAGUUGCUGAUGCAUCUGCGGCGGAGGCGUAUGCUGCUUCUGCUUCUGCUGGACAUGCUGACACCGUCAUGGAUCCUGUUCCUGAGGCUGGUGCUGCUACUGGAGAAGCUUCUCAGGCUAAUUCUGCUUAUGGAUAUGGUGAGGGGAAUGUGUAUGCUAGGGAUCCUAAUUCCGGCCAGUUGGGUGGAACCGGUGAUUCCAAGCAAGCUGCUGGAGUUGUCGAUGCUAAUGAGGCUGGAAAUGCGGCUGCGGAGAAUAGUGUAGUUCCUGAAUACAACUCAACUGCAAAUGGCAGUGUAGUGACAAAUGCUGCGGGACUUGAAAACGGGAACGCGGUGGACAAUGUUGAUGGGUCAGCUGAUGAGAAACAGCUUGCAGAUGGUUAUGCUGCCUUGUCUGCUGAAGAAGAUCGACUGUGGAAUAUUGUUAGUGCUAAUUCUUUAGAUUUUACUGCUUGGACUGCCUUGAUUGAAGAGACUGAGAAGGUGGCAGAGGACAACAUCUUGAAGAUUAGAAGAGUCUAUGAUGCUUUUUUAGGAGAAUUUCCUUUGUGUUAUGGUUAUUGGAAGAAAUAUGCUGACCAUGAGGCACGUCUUGGCGCUGUUGAUAAAGUUGUUGAAGUGUAUGAGCGUGCUGUUCAAGGAGUUACAUACUCAGUGGAUAUGUGGUUGCAUUAUUGCAUAUUUGCUAUAAGCACAUAUGGGGAUCCAGACACAGUUCGUAGAAUACGUGCGACAGUGAUAUCUCCCUUUUAUGGCGGAAAAGCUUUGAUGGGAUUGCUUUUUGAACGAGGAUUAGCUUAUGUUGGAACAGAUUAUCUUUCUUUUCCUCUUUGGGAUAAAUACAUAGAAUAUGAAUAUAUGCAGCAAGACUGGGCCCGCCUUGCCAUGAUCUACACCAGAAUAUUGGAGAAUCCAAAUCAGCAGCUGGAUCGGUAUUUUAACAGCUUCAAGGAGUUAGCUGGCAGUCGACCAUUGUCAGAAUUACGGACUGCUGAUGAAGCUGCUGCAGUGACAGGUGUUGCUUCAGAGGCUACUGACCAACCUCUUGAGGGAGAGGACCGUCCUGAUGGUGCAGAGAUUUCUCCUAAACCUGUAAGUGCUGGCUUAACAGAGGCAGAAGAGUUGGAGAAGUAUAUCGCCAUUAGAGAAGAGCUGUAUAAGAAAGCUAAAGAGUUCGAUUCUAAGAUCAUUGGUUUUGAAACAGCCAUCAGGAGGCCCUACUUUCAUGUACGGCCCCUCAAUAUUGGAGAGCUUGAGAACUGGCAUAACUACCUGGACUUUAUAGAAAGAGAAGGUGACUUAAGCAAGAUUGUCAAGUUGUAUGAGAGAUGUGUGAUUGCAUGUGCCAAUUAUCCUGAGUACUGGAUACGCUAUGUUUUAUGUAUGGAAGCUAGUGCAAACAUGGAUCUUGCAAAUAAUGUGCUUGCUCGGGCAACCCAAGUAUUUGUGAAGAGACAACCAGAGAUACAUCUAUUUUGUGCUCGGUUCAAGGAGCAGGCGGGAGAUAUAGCUGGUGCUAGAGCUGCGUAUCAACUAGUGCAUACUGAAACUUCUCCUGGUCUUCUUGAAGCAAUAAUAAAACACGGCAAUAUGGAAUAUCGACUGGGUGAGUUGGAGGAUGCAUUCUCGUUGUAUGAACAGGCUAUUGCCAUUGAGAAAGGAAAAGAACAUUCACAAACAUUGCCAAUGUUGUUUGCUCAGUAUUCUCGAUUUGUUUAUUUGGCUUCUGAGAAUGCAGAAAAAGCAAGAGAGAUUCUAGUUGGGGGGCUUGAAAAUGUUUCUUUGUCUAAGCCACUACUUGAGGCUUUAUUGCAUUUUGAGGCUAUUCAACCACAGCCUAAGCGAGUUGAUAUGGACUUUCUGGAGUCAUUGGUUGUCAAAUUCAUAGUGCCCAAUCCAGAGAGCCCUACUGUAGCAAGUGCUGCAGAGCGUGAGGAACUCUCCAGCAUUUUUUUGGAGUUUUUAAAUCUCUUUGGAGAUGUUCAAUCUAUCAAGAGGGGCGAGGAUAGGCAUGCCAAACUUUUCUUGCCACAUAGGAGCAUGUCGGAGUUGAAGAAACGUAGUGCAGAAGAUUUCUUAGCUUCCAACAAAACUAAAGUCUCAAGAACUUAUUCUGUUCAGUCACCUGCUCAAUCUGUGAUGGGUGCAUAUCCCAAUGCACCGAACCAAUGGACUAACUAUGGAGCACAACCUCAAACUUGGCCAGCAGUCCCACAAAUACAAGGACAACAAUGGCCUGCUGGCUACAACCAGCAGGCUUCCUAUGGGACUUAUCCUGGAUAUGGGGGCAACUAUGCAAACCCGCAGUUGCCUACGUCAGUCCCACAAAAUACUGCUGCAUACGGAGCUUAUCCUCCUGCAUAUCCUGUACAGCCUGCAGUUCCUCAACAGACUUACGUACAACCUGUCGCAGCUCCUACACAGCAACCCGCUGCAGUUCCUCAGGCCUAUUACGGGAGUUACUAUUGAGCAGACAUGAGAUGGCGCCACUGUUUUGCUCCCUGUAAUUUCCCCCUCUAUUAUAUGUAGUUUUGUGUUAGGAAUUUUGGAGCAUAGAUGCAGUGUAAGUCACUCGAGUUUAGGAAAUCAUUCUGUCUGACUCAAAACUCGAGAUUAUUUGCAGCAUUAGACAUUUUAUUUGUGUUCUUCCUUUCACUGGUCAAUGCUGAUCUUUUCUGCGAUA